UUUUAGUACUUCAAGUUGGCCUAUCCGCACUGGAGGGGAACAACCAAGCGCAGACAGUUUAAAAAAAAAUCGUGCUGUGUAUUUGCGUCAACUUUACUGCUUCUGUGAGAUACCACCCGUGUAUAAAUUAAAUCUGCCUGUUUAUGGCGUAUCAAACUGUAUGACAGAAUUCAUAACGCCGGCAUAGCCUUUCUGUAAGGCUCUCCGUUGGACUGGCAGCAUCUUCAUCAUCACUGCGUGCGUCUCCUCGGCGCUCUAAACUGAUUAUCGGCUGAAGCGCACAGAGGCAGCAGCAGCCCGGCUGUGACACCCGUCCAAUACAGUUACAGAGUGUGCUCAGGCUGGGUGGCUGCUGCACAGGCACCAUGGAGCAAAAAUCACCCAAACCCGGAGGCUCCAGUAGGGGCCAGGAAUCCCUCUCCUACCAGCGGAGGAUAUGGAAGAAUUUCCAGGAGAAAACUAAGCCGUGGCUCAGUCCUAAACUGGGCUCGGAGCGGCGCGGAGCAGGAGGUGGAGCGGAGGGCACCAAGAAGGAGUCCGGCUUGUGGAUGUUCAAGAGGAAAAAGAAACAGCUGGACCGAGUGUUUUCAUCGUCGCAGCCUAACUUAAGCUGCUCCACUCCGGCGCCUUUUGAAGGAGACAAGCCUGCUGCUGAUGGUGGCGACGCCACCUCGGACACGAGCUCCGAUGGUCAGGCUCUGGGCACAGCUUCUGGGGCCACAGGCAGCAAACCGGUGCUGACGGCCCACGAGAGCCCCAAACUCCCCCUGUCCCAGCUGAUGAUGUAUCAGCAGAAGAGCUCCUCUCUCGGCUCGGCGUGCUUCGAGAAGCUGGUGGUGGAUCCGACCGCGGAGCUGGAAGAGGAAGAGCAGCUGCGUAAAAACGCAAGUGAUUCCGGCAUCAACAUAGUUGGGCCUAGUAAUGCAGAGUCUCAGCUUCAGCUGCCUUGUCCAGCCAUGUACCAAUUGGAUAUUGUCUUGAAGAAAGGGAAAAAUCUCGCCAUUCGUGACCGAACAGGGACCAGCGACCCAUAUGUGAAGUUUAAAAUUGGAGGGAAGGAGGUGUUCAGAAGCAAGACGAUCCAUAAAAACCUAAACCCGGUGUGGGAUGAGAGAGUCAGCCUUUUGGUGGAAACCCUCAAGGAGGCACUAUAUGUCAAGGUGUUUGACUAUGACUUUGGACUUCAGGAUGAUUUCAUGGGCUCAGCGUAUCUCCAUCUGGAGUCACUGGAACAUCAAAGGACACUCGAUGUGACACUGGACCUGAAGGACCCGCAGUACCCUGAACAUAACCUGGGUAGCCUGGAGCUCGCUGUCACUCUGUCACCAAGGGAGGGAGACAUAAGGGAUGCUACCAUGCUUUUGAGAAGAAACUGGAAACGAUCUAGUAAGUAUCAGAGCAUGAGGCUCUCGGAUGUGCACAGAAAAGCCCAGCUCUGGCGAGGUAUAGUCAGCGUCAGUCUAAUAGAAGGUCGCAACCUGCAACCGAUGGACGCCAACGGCUUCAGCGAUCCUUAUGUCAAGUUCAGGAUGGGUCAUCAAAAGUACAAGAGCAAGACAAUUCCUAAAACACUAAACCCUCAGUGGAGAGAGCAGUUUGAUUUCCACCUGUAUGAAGAGCAGGGAGGCUACGUGGAAAUCACAGUCUGGGACAAAGAUGCUGGCAAGAAAGAUGACUUCAUGGGCAGGUGUACUAUUGACUUGUCGCUUCUCAGUAAAGAACACACUCACAAGCUGGACCUGCCACUUGAGGAAGGAGAAGGUGUUCUGGUAAUACUGGUCACACUCACUGCAUCCGCGGCGGUUUCCAUCUCAGAUCUGUCCGUCAACAUGUUGGAUGAUCCAAAUGAGAGGCACCAGAUCAUGCAAAGAUAUAGCCUCUGGAGGUCACUCCACAACUUGAAAGAUGUUGGCGUGGUGCAGGUGAAGGUCAUCAGAGCUGAGGGACUCAUGGCCGCAGAUGUAACAGGUAAAAGCGAUCCAUUUUGCGUGGUGGAGCUGAGCAAUGAUAGACUACAGACACACACUGUCUACAAAAAUCUAAACCCAGAGUGGAACAAGGUCUUCACUUUCAACGUCAAGGACAUCCACUCGGUGCUUGAGGUUACCGUUUACGACGAAGACCGAGACAGAAGUGCCGACUUCCUUGGGAAAGUUGCUAUCCCUUUGCUAAAUAUCCAAAAUGGAGAACGCAAAGCCUACGUCUUGAAAAGCAAGGAGCUGACAGGGCCAACAAAAGGGGUCAUCUUUCUUGAAAUAGACGUGAUUUUUAAUGCUGUGAAGGCUGGUCUCAGGACGUUGACUCCUGUCGAACAAAAGUAUAUUGAGGAGGAGCCUAAAGUGUCCAAACAGUUGCUUUUGCGCAACUUUAACCGAGUCAGACGCUGCAUCAUGUUCCUGAUCAACACAGGCUGCUACAUCAACAGCUGCUUCGAAUGGGAAUCUCCGCAGAGAAGCAUCUGUGCUUUUGUGAUUUUCAUCACUGUUGUCUGGAACUUUGAGCUUUAUAUGAUUCCUUUAGCUUUGCUCCUACCAUUGGCCUGGAACUACAUUCUCAUUGCGUCAGGGAAGGAUACAAGACAAGAUGUCCAAGCUGUGGAGGACCUGCUGGAAGACGAGGAUGAAGAUUUUGACAAAGACGACAAGGACCCAAAACAAGGCCCCUGGGAGGACAGCCAUGAUAAAAACCAUAUCCUCGAGGAUAUAUUGGCUUCCUGGAACUUUGAGUGGAUACGAGUGAUGGUGGACUCAGAGAGAAAGGGCUUCAUGAACAAGCUUUAUGCCAUUCAGGACGUGUGCAUCAGCGUGCAGAAUGCACUGGAUGAAGUGGCCUCCUAUGGCGAGAGGAUAAAGAACACAUUUAACUGGACCGUGCCUUUCUUAAGCUGGUUAGCGAUUGUAGCUCUCGGCGUGGCCACAGUCGUCAUCUAUUUCAUCCCUCUACGGUUCAUUGUGCUGGCCUGGGGGGUGAACAAAUUCACAAAGAAGCUGCGAGACCCUUACACCAUCGACAACAAUGAGCUGCUGGACUUUCUGUCCAGAGUGCCCUCAGAUGUACAAGUGGUGCAGUACCAACAGCUGAAACUGGAUCCCAAUCCCAGUCCAAAUAAAAGGAAGAAAAACAACCCCGGGUAGAGCACUUCAGCCGCCCACGGACUCCUUUCUUCUUUAUUUUUCUCCCGCUGGUCUAAUGUUGGACACUGAGGAGCAAAGUCUUGGCUGAACCAUCCUUCUUCUAUUCUAUUUAUAUCCUGUCUUAUUUUGUUGAACUUAAUUUCUCCUUUCAAUAGACUUUGCAAUUUCCUUAAAUAUUAUUUUAUAUGAGCAAGGACUUAAAAAAGCUUUAAUUUAUUAUUAUUGUUAUUGUUUAGUCUUACUUUUGAUUCAUUGAUCAUUUUUUUAUCAGCCUUAUCCGCUGCUGUGUCCUUCCCUCUGGGAGUCAGUGUACAGUUCAAAUAUUUAUAGAUGAUUGGGUCCAUUUACACUAUUACAAAUAUAAAUGCAGGCCUUAAAUGAUGAUUGUUGACAUUUCUUUAGCUUAUACUAUAUAGCUUUAAAACACUUUUUAUAAACUGUUUCUAUUUUCUAAUUGUUUUAUACUAAUGCAUCCUUAUUUUUAUCUCUUCUUGAAUGUUUUAAUGAUUUUAUGUUUGCUGGCAGCAGUGUGGGUUGUUACCACCUAAAUUAGCAAGCUAACCUGAUUGUGAAAUUUUGUUAAUAGCCUCCAGAUAUGUUUCCUUACAAACGAGCGCAUCUCGGUAAAUUAAAAUAAUAUUGAAAAGUUUGCCAAACUCAGUGCCUCAAGAGAUGUAUCCAGGAUAUGGACUCCAAAUGUUACAUUCUGUGUGUUAGGUCUCUCCAGAACCAGAGACAAUGUCAGUAGCGUCUUAUCUGGGCUAAGGAAACAAAAGGACUGGACUGUAGCUUAGUAGACCAAAGUCUUCUUCUUAGAUGAAAGUCAAUUUUGCAUUUUAUUUAGACAUAAAGAUUCUGUAGUCUGGAGAAAGAGUGGAGCCACUCCGAAUCCAAGCUGUUUGAGUCCCAGUGUAAAGUUUCCAGUCCGUGAUAAUUUGGGUAACCAUGUCAUCUGCUGGUGUUGGUCCACUAGAUUUUAGUAAGUCCAAAGUCAAAUGUUUAUCAGGAAAUUUUUGGAUAGUGGUGAUUUUCUUUUCCAGCAGGUCUUGCUUUACCUGCUUUUAAAACCAUGGUAUCACUGUACGUGAUUGUUUGGCAAACUCAUCUGACCUAAACCCUUUAGACAAGCUAUGAAUAGACACCAGAUCCAACAAUGUAUACCAGCUGCAGGCUAUCAAAACAACCGGGGCUUCCUAAUGAUUGAGUCUGUAUACCGUAGAGUGCAUGGACACACUUUUUAGUACGCUAACAUUUCUGUAUCAAAAAUGCUUUUGUUAUUAGUUUUAUGUAUUAUUCAAAUUUUCUACUAAACUGCAUUUUGUGUUUUCUUAGCUGUAAGACAUUCAUCAAAAUUAACAGAAAUUAAGGCAGGAAAUAUAUCACUGUGGGAAAUGAACCUGUGUGAGUUUCCCCCUUUUAGAAAUAAAUAACUUAUUCAUAAUAUUCUAAUUUAUCGAAAUGCAAUUGCAAACACAAAUCUGGAACAACAGGUCCUUUUAACUUUUCAAAACUCCCUAAACCAACAAGUAGGAACAAGGUUGGGAAUAAGACCAUUUAGUGUAGCACUGCAUCACUAAUAAAUGUGUAGUUUAACCCCGUAAAUGUCAUCAGUCGGUCAGAACGACACGUUCACUGUGAGGAGGCGCUGCAGACAGGGCUGCUGUCACUGUGUUUAGAUAGAUGUCACCCGGUCUAUGCAGAGUGUCAUCGAGCAAGCAGGCCUUUAGGCAGGCGCGGCCCUAAUUUUGUCUGAAAGGCCGGUCUCCUUCCCUCUCAUCUCCCUAUGUGCUUGCCCUGGUGGCCACACAUGAAAGCAUUUACACACAAGGCGUACUUCUUCAGCAUGGCCACGCAUGCAGACACAAAGAACCCCAGCCUCUCUUUCUACCUCUCAAGAGAGAAGAGAGAAAGCACACAUCUCUUGUAGGAAGUCUUGCACACUGUAACUACUUGCUCACAGAUGAAAACAGAAUGUCAUAUUUGAGCAGGAACAUUUUCUCUCUCUCAACUGCAUGCAUACACACACACACACACACACACACAUGCUCUCUGAUGCAGCGCCCCGGGCUGGCCGCCCUCUCCAUCUGCCCCACCUCCUGUGCCCACAGCUCAACUUUGAUCAGACCUUCCAGAGACACAGGCUCGUAUGUGCAAGCUGUGUAUUUACAGAGGAGCGUUUGCAUAUCCACGUUUACGCAAUCAAAAAUCCUCUCAGCAUCGGUGUGUGGUACAAUUGCAUCUACCCUCCAGCUCUAGAUUGACACUUAGAUUCAGUGUGUGUGUGCGUGCUGCAGCAGAAGCGCCAGCUGUUUUUUGGUGUUGACUUUGUGGAGAUGCUUGAUGAGCAGCAAGCAAUUGUGUGACAAGACAAGGCUCCGAGGGGACUUAGGCCAGAGAUGUCAGGGAUGGAGAAAUAUUUGUGUGUAUGCGUGUUUUAUCCUAUUUCAAAACCCACUUCCCGUCAUGCUUUCCCCGUUUGCUCUCUCUGCGGUUUUCUCAUUCGUCAGUAAGCAGGGUUGCGACCCUGUCUGAAGAAAUGGUCUCAUGGGCUUCUUGCAGAGCUUCUCUUGAAAGAUCACAGCACAGACUAUGUUUGAGGAGGUCCUGUCUCAUCCUAUUGAUCCCUGCCUCCAUUUCCCAUUGCCUCGACUUCUUUGUCUGACUGUCUUUAAGUUUGUAAACCCCUGCUCACUGCAGCGAGUGUCAUCUUCUCCCCUCAUCUGUCUGUCUGUGUGCCGUCACCUUCCACCUUCUGAAGAUUCUUUCUUCCACUGUUUCCAUGCUUCAAUAUAUCAUUUUAUUGUCUGAUCUAUUUGAAAAAUGGUAAUAAAACAGUUUGUAGAGCAUUGCUACAAAUUUACUCUGACUCCUUAGGGAAGGCUUUUUUGUAAUGCCUGAUGAACAGCUUUAAUACUUCACAUUUUUGUUUUUACUGUAACAGUUCCAGAGUUCCAACAACAUUUGUUGACUGGCCUGAUAAAGAGUAUUAAAAAACCUUAAAAUUAAUCUUUCACUGCAGCAGAAUAAUCUCACACACAAACAAUGAAUAAUAAUAAUAAUUAAAUUAAGGUAUUUUAUUUAGUAGGGAAUAUCCUAAAUUAAGAAAGAAUUAGUACCGUAACAAUUCCUAGAAAAUAAGAGUAUGUAAAGCAAUUUAUUUGAAUUUAUACUAAACGUUUUUAUAUGAUCAAGAUUAUAGGAAGUCCUACCUAGUAAUCCAUGACUUUCUGUGUCCCUGGGGCAUAGAUACUUAUAAAUGACACAGUAGCUCAUGUCUUUUAUCUACUCCUCUAAACAGCAAAAACAAGAGAAAAUACCCUUUACAUAAGUCAGAUAUAACUUGAUGAUCUUUACAAUUAAGAAAAUGGCUACAAGAAAGCAGCUACUUGCUUAAACCUACCCCUAUCCACAGUCAGAGCUAUUCUUGGAGUUCAUUUUAAAAUCAGCACUAAGCAAUUAGAAUUAUUGCAUGUAGAAAGCCUUGCUUUUUUAAAACAUUGUAAUAAAUGAACUGUUGUAUGAUCUGUAAAUCCAUAUUCAAACCUGAGUAUGUGCUAAGAACACACAGGAGACUGACAGUGGACAAGUUGUCAAACAUCAUUUUUCUUUGGAGCAUGUACAAGAGGUAUCAGAGAGCGCACUUGUUCAUUGUCGGAGUGUAUCUACCCAGUCACAUAAACUCAGAAUGUGCCUUGCUAGCACACAGUUAUUUAGAUAGUUUUGUUUUUUUGUUGUUAGUGCAUCUCAUGGCAAACAGAGCUUUCAUUACUGCAAUGACCCACAGAUAUUUGAAGAUAUAACUUCAUCUAACUCAAAGCUAUAUAAGCUAUUUACAGCUAAAGCUUCCGGUUCUCAUAAUUACUGUUGGUGUCAUCGGAAAUCAUUGAAAACUGUCAGAUUUAAAGAUGAGCUGAAUAUUUUAUGUUAUUUUAACAACAGGCCCUUUAUGUCCCCAACCAACUCAACAGGCUCUGAUCUGGAGGCUGCUUCACCGAGCAGCCGAGGUGGUGCCCUUCAGCUCCAUCUUGUCACUAUCAGAUGUUACAGAACAAGGGCUAUUGCUAUAGUGUAGGGCUGACUUUUAAUUAGGCAAAAUGUAUUAAAAUAAACAAAUGAAAAUAACACUGUAGUAAAAACAAACAGCAAUCAUUAUCUUAGUUUUGCUUUUCACUGUUGUUUCAACACUAAUUAGCUUUCUACCGAUGUUUGAUCCUUAAUAAACCGCAGUGGUUAUUCAUGUGCACAUCAACUUUUUGACAUUUUGUGUUUUUACAGUAACUUCUCAGAUUUUGUAUCAGGUUUCACACUGCUUUCAUACAACAGUGGGCUUCUGUGCUAACUAGUGGAGGAGUUCAGUUGACGCUCACACUGCACUGGAUCUAUUGCAUCAGAGUAGCAUCUUGGCGUCACCCAGUCACCAUAACAACCAUUAGAGGCUUUCUGUAUGCCAACUAAAUAUUUAUAAGUGAUGCCAAAGAAAAGCCUUUUCUGUCCUGCCAUCAAAAAUAUAAACAUGUGGAGUUAGCUAAACUGUGCUGGGACUUUAACUGAAACCAUGUGAUUUGGUCAAAUGACACCAAGAUUGAUCCAACAAACACUCUAGGUGUGCCUGAUGUUAAACAAAUAAUUUGCACAUUUGAGUAUUCCUAAAAGCAUCUUAUGUCUAUCGUUAAGUAUGGUGGAUGGUCUGUGAUGCUGUGGGCCUCUUUAUCUUCCAGUCCCCCUGGGAACUUCUUAAAAUACCAAAACAUUUUAAAUGAAUAUUUGGUGGACCUAUCCAGUAAAGUAAAAGUUGGUCAUCAGUAGGGUAAUGGUCAAAAACAUUUUCCAGGGACUAAACCUUCCUUCUUCCAAGUUCAUAUCAGUCCCCAGACCUAAAACAGUUGGAUGAAAUUAACCAAAGAGAGUGUAAGAGAGGAUCUGGACUUUGUGCAAAGAGCAGAAGAUCCCUCUCUCUGUAUGCUCCAAGCAUGAGACAAAGACCAAAUGCUGUCCUAUUGGCAGAAAAGAUAUCAAUGAUCAUGCCACUUAUAAUUUUGUUAAAAGCAAUUAUUUCUUAGGAUGUGACGCCCCCCCCCCCCCAAAUAAAAGUAAUAAACUUAAAGGUUGAUUUUUCUUGUUUUACAUUUUCAUUCUGAGAUUGUACUGCUGCAAUAAAGAGAAAAAUAUCUUCAGGCCUAUUGCAAAUCUUUAGCCAGGGUACCAACAAAUUUGUCUAUGUUUGUUUGUUGCAGAUUUGCGAGUGUUGUUUGGUAGGGCAUUCGAAUGCCUCUUUUUGUCAUUAGUUUAUGGUUUUGGCUGCAUUUACCAGAAAACCAAAGUGUGAUUUUUGUAUCAUGUAGAGAAAAAAAUAUUUAAAUAUAUAACAUAUAUAUAUACAUAUAAGGAGACUGAUGGUUGUCAAGGAAAGAGAAGCACUAUGGUGGUAUGAUAUGCAGUAUGCCUGUUGAUGGUCUGGUAAUAAUACUGUAAAGUAGGUGUAUUGCCUGCCUCAAUUUUUUUCAAGGUCCGUCUUGUCUGCCUGCAAUAUUUCCUGCUUGUGACAUCAUAUUUGUGUGCCCCAUCCACACCAAUGACAUUUACAGACAUGACCUCUGAUUUAGGUAAUGAAAAUCAUCUGAUAUAUGGGGAAAAAGACAAUGAAACAAAACUUUUAAUAAAAUAUUUUUGAUCAACUUCACUUUGUGUGAAUUAUUGACAUAGGAGUUGCAGGCACACUUCCGGUUAAGUUUUCCUGCCUCCCUUUUCAGGUUCGGAAGCUUAAAUUACAGCAACACGUUCCAUUCUACACUUCCCUGUAUAAAACAUCUCACAGGAUUCCUACAUGUCAAAUCUCCGUAAUCUUCCCGACCAACGUUUACAACCCUUUAACAAAGGAUAUUUACAGAUCUUCACUAGGGUAGAUCUUUCACUAGCAGUGAGGGUUUGAAUACAGAUCCCACAAAAACACACAUACUGUAAGUGGAUGGAUGAAUGGAUGGAGAGAAAAUGAGAUGAAUAGACACACUGAAAAAUUAACGGCUGUGUUGAUGGUCAAAGACAUGGAUGUUUGGAUGGAAAGACAUAGAUGGAGGGACAAAGAGAAGGAUGAAAGUUGGAAAAUAGAUGAAUGGACACUGAUGGAUUGAGAGAUGGAAAAAAGAGAAGCAUCAAUAGAAACACAAAUGAAUAGAUGGAUAGACUAAAAAAUAAAUGGAAGAAUGGAUGUACAAGAUAGCAAAAGGAAGGAUGUAUGGAAAAUGGAUGAAGUGAUGCAGUUUAAAAAUUGAUUAAAUGGAAGUAAGAAUAGACAGAUGAAAAUAUUUAAAAAUGGACAGAAAAAAGAUGGAUGAUUGAAAUAAAGAGAUGGAUGAACGAACAAACAAAAUCAUGGGUAGAUGAAAAGCUGAAUGAAUAGAUGGAAAUUUUGAACAAUGUACACAUGGAUGGAAAAA